UACUUUAUUUAUACUCGUAGCCGAAAAUACAUGUCCCUCUUGCAAACCGAUUAGAUAUUACGUUGAAUGUUUUAUCUUUUAGUAAAUAUUGAUAGCAUUUUGUUUCGAAUUUCAGUGAUUGUAUACGGACCUCUCUAGUUGGACUUAUAAAAUAUCAAAAUUAUUACUUAAUCAGUUAUUUUAUUUGAAAAUGGCAGCCCCUAUUGUGGAAGUAGAGCAGGGUAAAUUACAAGGGACGUUGUCGGAGGAUAAACAGUUUUAUAUAUUUAGAGGUAUCCCGUAUGCAAAACCUCCAGUCGGCGAGUUACGGUUUAGGGUACCGGUCCCACCAGAAACCUGGAAGGGAGUGAGAGACGCCACGAAAAUCUGCAAUGCUUGCGCCCAAUUUGAUACGACAAGUGGUAUCGUGACAGGUUCUGAGGAUUGUUUAUAUCUUAAUGUGUCCACUCCAAAUAUCUCUAGAACUGAUACAUCUUUGUUACCUGUCAUGUUUUUUCUUCAUGGCGGUGGGUUUGUUUUCGGAUGCGGUACUGAUGAUUCUGCCCAGGGAGCCGACUAUCUUGUCAAAAAGAAUGUGGUCGUAGUUAAUAUCAACUAUAGACUCGGUGUUCUCGGAUUUUUAUGUUUGGAUAGAAAAGAUGCUCCGGGUAAUGUGGGAUUGCGAGAUCAGGUCGAAGCUCUAAAAUGGGUUCAAAAGAAUAUUAGCAAAUUUGGUGGCGAUCCUAACAAUGUCACUAUAUUUGGGAUAAGUGCCGGUGGUGCAUCCGUUGAGUAUUUAACACUUUCGCCUAUGACUAAGAACUUAUUUCAUAAAUGUAUUGCUCAAUCUGGAACAUCACUUCUACCGUGGUCCCAAAAUAAUAACGUAAGAGAUCUAAGUAGGAAACUAGCAGUGUUGAAAGGAAAGGUUGUUCAAAAUGAUGAAGAACUACUUAAAUACUUGAAAGAAAUUCCUUUUGAUGAAUUAGUCAGAACAUCUAUGACUGCAAUAGCUAUGGACAAACACGAUGGUGGUUUACAUUUUGGAUUUGUUCCAACUAUAGAGAAACCGACUGAUUGGGAACCGUUUUUGGAUAAGUCUACAUUUGAUUUGCUAUCACAAGGAAUAUUCAAUAAAGUUCCCUACAUGGCAGGGUUUUGCACAAACGAGGGAAUUAUUAUGUUAGCAGUUAAACGUCUAAUAUUAGAUAAAUUGUCAGAUGAAAAGAAUUUCGAGACAUAUUUAAAACAAUUCUUUGGAAUUCCAGAUAGUAACAUCAAUGAAGUAGCUACUGAAUUAAAAUCUGCAUAUUUAAGCAAAAGUGAUGAAUCUGACGCGCCUGUGAUAGACUUCUUUUCAGAUAUUGAUUUCAUAGGUGGUAUUUUUGAAGCCGUAUCAUUGAUCGCCAAGCACAAUUCUCCUGUGUACUUCUACGAAUUCUCUUAUGAUGGUGGCUUGAAUUCUAUUAAAAAGAAGUUAAACAUUAAUCGUAAGGGCACCAGUCACGGAGAUGACUCGGGAUAUGUAUUAAAAUUAGAUGUAUUUAAAUCAGCAUCUAUUUCUGAAACAGAUGAAUUAGUAAGAGAAAGGGUUACCACUCUAUGGACGAACUUUGCUAAAUAUGGAAAUCCUUCACCGACGAUUGACAAUGUGAUUACAACUGAAUGGAAGCCUGUUGAAGAUUCUGAAAUUUCUUAUCUCUUUAUAGAUGAAAAUCUUACAAUGAGGAAAAAUCCAUAUCCCCAGAGGAUGAAACUAUUUAAAAAUCUUUUUGAAAAUUAUUACAAAAACAAAAAGUUUUAAUUAGAUUACAAUAAUGUGUUAUCGAAAUAGGGGCAUCUUCUUUAUUGUAGUUGAUAAUUUUAAAAAUAUCAUUGAUUUUCAAAAGAAUAGGCUAAAUUUUAAGAAAAAAAUACAACCAUUUUAAUGUGAUAAGUUGCAUAGAAGUGAUUGUUAAUUUCGUUACCGUCAUAUCAUGUCUUUGCAGUACAUGUCAAGAAUAACUAUGCAUGAGCGAUAUCAUGCAUAGCUAUUCCUGAUGCAUCAUAAUUUACUCUCUCCAUGGUACUGUUCGUGUUUACCGUUCAUGGUUACCAUUUUCCAUCAGGUGGAGUCAUCUAGGUACGAUUAUCAUAAAAAAGUUGCCUUAAAAAUUCUUACAUUUAUAACUAAUUGAAGCAGGUAAACACGAAAAAUAUUAAUCUCAUUUUUUUAAUUCAUGGCAAAAAUAAUAUUUCAUAAUUAUAUUUAUGUGUGAGUAAAAUCAUUAUUGGUAUUGUUUUAUAAUUAUAAGAUUUUCAUGUGUAUACGUUGGUAGUUAUCAUAUUUAUUACUUAUCAUCUUGUUCAAGUUCUAAAAAAACUGAGUGUUUAAAAAUGUGACUAUCUGUAAUGGGACAUUAACGUUUACGCUUUAUACUUAAUACCAAUAUUCAUUUCAGCAUGAAUAAACAACUAUAGCUAAAUUGAUACCACCUAUAUAGAUGGUAAUCGCUAAUCUAAUCAAACAAUCCAUAUCUAUUUUACUUAAUAAGUAUAUAGGUAUAGAUACCUACUUUUAUAAAUAUUUGUCAGAUUAAAAGCCAAUUAUUGCAAAUCUAGUAGAAUUUGAUAAUGAAGCAAUAACAGUUAGAUGGGUAACAGCGCACCUGAAACUUGAUAAUAAGAAAAGACAUAGAUUGAUGAAAAUUUUAUUGGUACUGUUAAUUUAAUAAUUAUAUAAUAUAUUUAUACUUAUGGUACUUUUAAAUAAUUAUACUUAGUUAUAUAGUUUAUUAUAGUUAUAAUAUAUUAUAUAACUAAUAGUUGAUAUUGUUUUUACGUUAAUAUUUACAAAAUUUAAAUAACAUUAUCAAAUCUAAUGGGGAAACGAACGAAUAUUAAUUGUAAAUAAUUAUUUUAAUUUAUGUACCUAUUAAGUAUAUCUGAUUCUGAUUGUUCCAAAAUCACUAAUUUCACUGCCAUAUUUUAAUUCACCUUUAAGAUAUUGCUAGGUGGCAAAAUUGUAAGAAAGGAGAUAGGUAUUCGAGUACUUUAUACAAAGCUAUCCUAUCUAGUAUAUCUAGUAGAUAGCUAUCUAGUAAAGCGCUUCCUAAAGUGGGUUCCGCGCAACCUAGAGGUUUCGUAUAAAAGUCACUAAGGUUCCGCGAAGUCAUUUAUUUUGGUUGUUAAAUAAUACCACAGUUAAGUACAAAUAUUAUUUUAAAAUAAUGCAAUAUGUGAUAUGACAAUUAUUUGAUAUAGUGUUCCAUAAAAUAAAGUAUACUAUUUUAAAAAUAUUAAAAACUAUUUUAAAAAUAACAGUUAUUUUAACAAAUUAAAUGGUAUAAAAUAAA